AUGGCCAACGAAACUGAGGAAACGAUGGAGCCUGUUCCAGAGGAAGAGACACCCACGCCAACCACAGGAGUGAAGAGGAAGAGUGAUUCCCAGGUCGCAGACGAAGGACGGAGAAAGGUCAGACUCCCCUCCUCCUCGGCCCCCUCCUCUUCCCCACGGACCCCCCCCCCCGGAAGGCUUCUCCCCUGCCCUCGCCUGGCACAAGCCCCUCCUCAAGUCCCUCUCAGCCUCCUCCCAUCCCCUUCUUACGGGUUUCCCACCCACUUCCCCCAAAGCAAUGUCUUUCCGGGGGGGUGUAGAAAAGUCAGCGAAAAGCAGCCCGACGCGGAUGAAGAAAACCAGCCCGACGCGGAUGAAGAAAACCAGCCCGACGCGGAUGAAGAAAACCAGCCCGACGCGGAUGAAGAAAACCAGCCCGACGCGGAUGAAGAAAACCAGCCCGACACGGAUGAAGAAAGCCAGCCCGACACGGAUGAAGAAAGUCUGCCCGACACAGAUGAAGAAAACCAGGAGGAGGCUCCCUCUACAAGUGACGACGCCUGUGACCCAGAAACCGAAGACCCUUCCAUAGAUGCUGCGUCUCUGGAAGAAAUGCCAGAGUAA